CAAACGCUCGGUCAACACUUCUUGAUCCUUUCAAAACAUAUCAUGGAAGUUUGACAAGAGAAGUGGAGCGUGCUCCGCCCUAAGUUAUCACUCCACGACUCUGACAAGUCGUUUCCCUUUGUUCGGGAUUAAUUGAUUUUCUGUCCAAUCAGAGAAGAGUCUUUUGAUUUCCUUGGGUCAGUCUUGGCAUUCUCACACAUCGAUUGAUAACUGACUGUUUUUACGCAUGAGAUCAAGAUGCAACACGUUCAGGUGAACUUGAUGUGACUCAACCCGUGCUCAUCUUACAGCAACAUGGAUGCUUACGAUAAUGUUUCGCCCAUCAAAAGCGAUGGAAAUACUUUUGCUUUUACAACGGAGCAGAUUUCUUGCGUUUGUGACGCGUUACGGCAAGCAGGGGACGUGGAUAGACUUUCAAGAUUUUUGUGGUCCCUCCCCCCGAAUGACCUAUUGAAUGGUAGCACAAGCGUUUUGAAGGCCAGAGCUUUUGUAUCAUUUCAUCAUGGCCGUUUUCGCGAGGUUUACACCAUUCUUGAAGGGCACGAGUUUGACCCUAGUUCGCACGAGAUGCUACAAACGCUAUGGUACAAGGCUCACUACAGAGAAGCUGAGAAAAUCAGAGGAAGAUCCCUUGGUGCCGUGGACAAGUAUCGCAUCAGAAGGAAAUUUCCUUUGCCUCGAACCAUUUGGGACGGGGAGGAAACCGUCUACUGCUUCAAAGAAAAGUCCAGACAAAUGUUAAAACAAUACUAUGAACAAAACAAAUAUCCAACACCACAGGAAAAACGAGUCAUUGCCAAACAGACACAAUUGACGCUGAAACAAGUCAGUAACUGGUUCAAGAACCGAAGGCAGAGAGAUAGAAUGCCCUCUAGCAAAAGUUCCCACGUCUCUAUCCGUAAGAGCAUUGACUCAAUGGAUUCGACGGCAUCACCGACAUCACUGGACAGAACACUGCACCAGGAUAGCCAUCAAGAGAUGUGCAACGCGCUAACUAAGACAGAGGAAAGCCUUUUGAGUGCUAACUGUAUCUACUCGACCACGCCGCUAAACGAUGUGUCAUCUGUUCCAAUGAUUUGUAGUCGUGAAAUUUCAGUUUCUAGUGACGAAACUUACUCCGACCUUCCCGAGGUGAAAAAGGAGUUAUUAUAGUACUAAAUAGGAGGUUAAAUAGUCUGUUUAAGUAACCUUAUUCCAUGGUUAUUUUUCUUUUGGGUAUCAAAGCUACUCCAAAAUACAUCUUGACCUUCUUUGAUUCUCGAAACGUAACUCGCUAUUUGGUGACAGGACGCAGAGAUAGAAUUUCAUGCGAGGGGUCAAGACAAUAACGUUUGACAAAGAUACUCCAAAGAUACUUCACUAAAAAGCCAUUUUAAUGUCAUUAUUAAUGUCCCCAGGGAAAGGAAUUAAGAAGCCAUUUGGGUGUCGAUGUAGUGCGUGAAAUCGACAACGCAUUUUUAAAAAUAUUGUUGAUGUUAAAUCGAUUCAUGAUGUGGUUUCGUAAUUAGACUCUUUGUUGAUUCUAGAUUAGGAUACAAGUUUAAAUAUAGCAUGUUUUUCGCACCGGAUGGAAAUUUGAGCCUAGUUCUGAGCUAUUUCCCCGUGUAGACGGAUCAAAAAUAAUUGUCUAUUGACUUGUCGACCUCAUGUUAUCUAAUAACUCGUUCUUAGGCUGUGUUUUCACUAGGACAAUUUAAACUAGCUUAAUUACGACACCGGAAAUAAGGCAAAGUUAAACUACCUAGCAAGAUGGUUUAAGUUGUCCUACCAAAUAAAUGGGCCAAUCACAGUGUUAUUCUUGAAAGGUGGGAGUCGGAUUAAAACACCUCCAGGAAUUUUACGCAAGUUAACAUUUCUAGUGAAAACACAGCCUUAAUCGCGCAACUGCAGAAUGUAGUGGGGAGGGAUGGAAACAAUCGCUUUUAUUUUGAAACAACACAUCGAUCUGCACAAAUYUAAGUAAUGCCAAGACAAAUUUGAAUCAGCAUUUUUAGCAAUUUUGAUUUUUUAAAGAAAAAAUGUCAAUAAAAUAUUUUAUGAAUUAUAAUUCAUAGACUA